CCAGAGUUCAUCCAGAGCUGCUCAAGUACCUUCUCCAUGUGUUGCUAGUUCUGGUACACCAUCUCCACUGUCCCCAACACCUUCUCCUGUCAGCUCUGGAGGGUCUCAGCCAGGUCCAACAACUGUGGGAGCCAGAGCAACUCGGUUACCAUCCCUCAGAUGAUACAUCACAUAGCAUCAUCUUAUGUCAACAUCACCUCCUACAUCCUCUAUGCUUAUGACAUAUGGGAACAAGCUGAUUUGCUAGCAAAGAAAAACAAAGAUUUUUUUGCAGACCUCAGUUCAGUGGUUUGCCCCCUUGCUCUAAACAGCACUAUGACUGAA